AUGUUUUUGAAGUUGUAUGUAAAGAAUAUCAAUUACACAGAGCAGUGGAUUGAUUUAUAUGAUCCAGAUGAUUGCAUUGAUCCAAGACAGCUUCGAAUCCCCGAUUUAACUUCAUCUCCUUUUGAUUUUUGGGGCAUGCGUAACUACACCUUCUUCAAUUGUUCAACUUACAAGGAUUCACCUACGGAUCAUGUUACGCGUAUCCCUUGCUUAAGCAGUACCCAUCAUUACCAAAUCGCAGCUUUAUGGUCUGAUGCAGAUGCUAUUUAUGUGCCGCAAUCUUGCCGGAAGAUGUAUGACUUAGAGCCAGUUCCUUUUUCUUUGAAAUACGACGACCACGACGGAAAGUAUAUUUCAUUGCUGUGGAACAAUCCAAUGUGCCGAACCUGCUAUGCAUUUGGCCAGAAAUGUACAAGGAUAGGAAAUACCUUAGAAACUCGAUGCUUACUCAAUAUUUCCAAACAUAAAACAGCAAAUGCUUCUGAGUUUGGAGUAGAGCCAGAUGAUGGGUGCAAGGAAACAAGGUGCGGAGAUGAUGGCCCAACCAUCCAGUUCCCGUUUUGGCUAAAGGACCAACGGCCAAAACAUUGUGGAUACCCCGGCUUUGAACUAUAUUGCACCGAGGACAACCAUACCAUGCUCGAGCUGCCACAUUCAGGGAAGUUUUAUGUAAAGGAUAUCAAUUACACAGGGCAGGGGAUUACUUUAUAUGAUCUAGAUGGUUGCAUUAAUUUAACAAUGGUUCGAAUCCCCGAUUUAACUUCAUCUCCUUUUGAGUUUGACAUGCAUAACUACACCUUCUUCAAUUGUUCAACUCACAAGGAUUCACUUAGGGAUGAUGUUAUAGGUAUGCGUAUCCCUUGCUUAAGCAGUAACCAUCAUUACCAAAUCACAGCUUUAAUGUUUGAUGAUGAAAAAGCUAUUUAUGUGUCGCAAUCUUGCCGGAAGAUGUAUAACUUAGAGCCAGUUCCUUUUUAUUGGGAUUAUGAUGACGUGAAGUAUAUUUCAUUGCUGUGGCACAAUCCAAUGUGCGGAAUCUGCUAUGCACUUGACCAGAAAUGUACAAGGAUGGGAAAUACCUUAGAAACUACAUGCUUAGACAAUAUUUCCAAAAAUAAAACAGGUGUACAGGAAAUUCAAGAACGCCGUCAAGGUUCACCGACAAAGCUAAUAGGAUCACUCCUGGGUUCCUUAACCUUUCUUCAUGUACUAGUCCUCUACCAUGUCUUCCGCUCAAAUAGACUAGAAAAAGAGAGUCAAAUAAAGAUAGAGAAAUUUUUGCAGGAUUACAGGGCUCUAAAACCCACAAGAUACACUUAUGCCGAUAUACAGAGCAUAACAAACCAAUUCAAGGACAAAUUGGGACAAGGAGGUUAUGGCACUGUCUUUAAAGGAAAACUUUCCAAUGAUGUCUUUGUAGCUGUUAAGAUCCUCAACAAUUCCAAAGGAAAUGGUGAAGAGUUCAUUAAUGAAGUGGGAUCAAUGGGGAGAAUCCACCAUGUUAAUGUGGCUCGCUUGGUAGGCUAUUGUGCUGAUGGAUUUCGGAGAGCUCUCAUUUAUGAAUAUUUACCAAACAAAUCUCUAGAUAAGUACAUAUUCUCUGUUAAUGGUAAGAGUCAUAUACUUGGUUGGGAGAAGCUUCAAGAUAUUGCUUUGGGCAUAGCCAAAGGAAUUGGUUACCUCCAUCAAGGGUGUGACCAACAAAUUCUACAUUUUGAUAUAAAACCUCAAAAUAUUUUGCUAGACCAAAACUUUAACCCCAAGAUCUCUGAUUUUGGUCUUGCCAAGUUGUUUUCCAAGGAAAAAAGUGUGGUUUCUAUGACUGCUGCAAGGGGAACAAUGGGCUAUAUUGCACCUGAGGUUUUAUCUAGGAAUUUUGGGACCGUGUCACAUAAAUCAGAUGUAUUUAGUUUUGGAAUGUUACUAUUAGAAAUUGUUGCGGGGAGAAAGAAUAUUGAUACUACAGUGGAGAACACAAGUCAAGUAUACCUUCCAGAAUGGAUUCAUAAUCAAUUGGAUCAAGGAGAAGACCUAGGAAUUCAACUUGAAGAAGAGAGACAUGCCAAGAUAGCAAAGAAACUUGCUAUUGUGGGACUUUGGUGUAUCCAGUGGUAUCCUGUUAAUCGCCCUUCUAUGAAAGUCGUGGUUCAAAUGUUAGAAGGAGAGGGUGAUGAUCUGAAAAUUCCACCAAAUCCUUUCGAGUCCACACAUUCAAUGAAUCAGAGUUUAAUUGUGGCUGGUAGACGCUCUCAUAUAACACUAAGUGUUAUUUCUGAAUCAGAAUGAAAACAAUAUGCAGCCACACUCUAGAAAGCAUGCGCAGUAUCUGAAUUUUUCUACCUAAUACAGAAUGAAAGCACAAUAUAUAAUUAAUAAGUAAAUGGUUUUUGUUAGACUGUUAGAUUACAUUCUCCUCAGGCCAAAGCUCAAGUGGGCCCAUUGUAAUUUAUAUUGUUUUUAUUUAUGAGAAUAUAUAUUGUUCUUGUUUUA